AUGGCGGAUGGAGGCGUGGAUAUAGAUUUAUACGCUGAUGAUAUUGAAUCUGAUUUUAAUAGACAGGAUGACUUUGGAGGAGAAAAUGUCGACUUAUACGACGACGUAAUAGCGGCGCCAACAGUGAAAAACGAGGAUGGAGAUGGGCCACCGAACUCAUCAGCCGCUCCGCACUCCCAUCCACCUGAGGAAACAAACGGUUCCGUUCCUUACCACAACAACGCACCUAGUCACGGACAUCAUGGCCGCCGUUUUCAACUUUACGUCGGCAACCUCACUUGGUGGGCUACAGAUCAAGACAUAGCUAACGCGAUCGCUGAUAUCGGCGUGACGGAUUUUCAAGAUGUCAAGUUCUUCGAGAACAGGGCGAACGGACAGUCGAAGGGAUUCUGCGUCGUAUCUUUGGGGUCCGACCAGUCCAUCAGAAUGGUCAUGGAUCGACUGCCUAAGAAGGAGAUACAUGGGCAACAUCCAGUUGUCACACUACCAACCAAACAGGCAUUAAACCAGUUUGAAAGCCAAUCUAAGACGCGAUCGACCCCGCCGGGUCCUAAUCCUGGGAUGAGGGGGGGACCCCACGGACCUGGAGGUCCGCCUGGACCCCAUCCAGGAGAAUUUUUCGGUGGAGGCCCUAACGGUCCCGGUCCCAACGGUCCGCGUAUGAUGAUGCCGGGCCCAGGCCCGCAUCACCAGCUGCGAGGCCCGCCGCCCGGGCCUCACGGGCCCCCGCCGCACCACAUGCCACAGCACCAGGGCCCGCCGCCGCACCACAUGCCUCCACAUCAAGGCCCCCCACCACACCAAGGGCCCCCGCAGCAUAGGCCGCCGAUGCAGUUCCAGGGUCCGCCUCAGAUGCAGCGUGCGGGUCCCGGAGGUCCCGGGCCGGGCGGCCCCGGCCCGGGGCCCGGUCCUCGAGGUCCCGAGUGGCCCCGACACCUGCCGCCCGCGCCGCAGUACGGACCCCCGCAGCAUCAAAUGCCGCAUCAGAUGCCUCCACCUCACGCUGGUCUGCCCCCGCCGCAUCAUCAACUACCGCCUCAUCAGCAAGGCCCGCCCCGAGGACCGGCGCCAUUACCGCAACACCCAGGUGUGGGCGGAGCGCCGGCUCCUCACGUGAACCCGGCGUUCUUCAGUCAACAGCCUCCCGUACAACCCGCGCCCGCUGUACAACCACCGCAACCCGCUCCACCAGGACCCGGCGGACCUUACGGUCACCCAGCGCACGCGCCCCCUCCCACACAGGGACCUCCACCGGGAGCCAGGCAGCCUUAUGGAAGACCACCGGCUAGCUACCCGCCCACAGACGGUCGCGGCGCUCACCAUGCGGCGCCACUAGGUGUGGGUCACGCGCACGCAGCCCUAGCGCCUCACGCGCCGCACGCUCCUAUCAGCGAGGUUGAGUUCGAGGAGGUGAUGAGUAGGAACAGAACCGUGUCUUCGAGCGCCAUCGCUAGGGCUGUCAGCGACGCGGCCGCUGGGGAAUACGCUUCGGCUAUAGAAACACUCGUCACGGCUAUAUCACUCAUCAAGCAGAGUAAGGUGGCCCACGACGAUCGAUGCAAAAUAUUGAUAUCGUCUCUACAAGACACUCUACACGGUGUAGAGACUAAGUCGUACGGUGGUGAACGAAGACGAUCUCGCUCUAGGGAGAGAGAUGCUAGAGCUCAUCAUAGAGCUCCAAGAAGAAGGGAACGAUCGGCUUCAAGAUACAGGGACAGGUCACGGGAUAGAGACGAUAGGGAUCGGUACAGGGAAAGGUCGAGGGAACGCGACCGUGAGCGCGACCGAGACGCAUACUACAGGGACUAUCGCGAGAGGGAAAGAGACAGGUCUAGGUCGAGGGACAGAGAACGAACAGAUCAUUAUAAUAGAGGACACAGUCGCGAAGAAAGGCCACGUAAGUCUCCAGUAGAGGCGGUUGCAGAGGGAGGCGCGGGGGACGCGGCGGCUAAAGGUCGGCCAGCGGCGCCCUACUACGACGAGAGGUACCGCGAGAGGCGGGACCGGGAGCCCCCGCCGGCGGACAGGGACCGCGACCGGGACCGCGACCACCGCCGGGACACGAGGCACUAG